UUUUGACCGCUGGAUGUGUAAUUUAAAAGCUUUUACAGGAUCUGAUGAGUCAUUAUGAAUCUUUCUCCAGAAUUUUUAAGCGGCAUAAUCGUACAUUUGAUCUCCAUAUCCAAACUGAUACCCUCUUCUAACGUAGGUUGACGAAUCUCAGCCAAAUAUAGCCCAGAUCGGCGGGUCAUAAAAACUCCUUUGUUCGUGGAACAGUACGUGCUGUACUGAAUGCUUCACUGACAGAACUGAUAAAGAGGUCAAGUCAUAUCAUCUACUAAUCUUAGACAGUGCAGAAAUAAACAUUACGAAAAGAAGCCGCGCCGCUUCCUAAAAAAAACCCGGUUUCACUUUCAUUUUAAUGUCGUUGGUUGCGGAAUGUAAGUUCGUUGUUGCUUUUUAAAUGAAACUAUCGACGCCUGCUACUAUAAUUCCAGAAGCUCUCAAAACGCAUUCAUUUACUGAAGGAAGCAAGAGGUGAUUAUUAGCUGAUUGAAUCAAGGAACAGAGUCUUCCGUCAAAACAGAGAUAAACAAGGACACAAGAGGCACACUCAAUCAGGGGCUGGCACAAAAUGGCCACUGCACUAGAAUACUCUUCAGAGCAAUUAAACUACUACAGAAUUUGCUAUGUCGUCACCGAUGUACUAACAGAGGGCUUGCGAAUAAUUUUUAAACAAGAAUGGGACAAUCGCUAUCGGAGAACAUGGGGAGAAUGGAAAGAUCAACCUAACAAUGGACUGGACUUUUGGAAUGGCGAAUCCUCUCGUAAGAGGAGCCGAAACGCUCGUCUGCUGACAACCAUGAAAAACGGUGACACAGCUGAAUGGGAUUGCACCAUGCUGUUUUACGCCAUUCUUUAUUCAGACUGCAUCAAUGGCCUGAAUCCAACUGUCCAAUCACACGUGGAUGACCUCAGGAAGUUGCGUAAUGAAGACUUUGCGCAUAUGCCACGAGGACACCUUUUGGAAAAAGAUUUCCAAAGUGUGAUUUUAAAAGUUAAAAGUGCAUUUCUGGCACUCGGUCUUCCCAUACAGAAAAUCCAAGAUAUUCAAAGUCAAACAAGUUUCCCAACGGAAGAAUUGACAAAUAUCUUAAAGACGGUUGACGAUCUUAAUAAAGACGUUCAAGAGAAUAAAAGAAAACUUCAGGACAAAGAUAAUGAGCUUCUCAAGAGGGGUAAGGAGCUACUAGAAAAAGAGGAGCAGCGACAGGUCCUUGAGCAGCAGCUUCUUACAAGUGUGUCUUCAUUUUGUGUUCUUCCCCUAAAACCUACACACGACGUCAUAGGCCGCGAUUCUGAGGUUAGUAAAAUUGCCCAACAGCUCAGAGCCCUCAAAUAUGCUAAUGAUGAUGCUAUAAGCACCUUGUAUAUAUCUGGAAAUCCGGGAUGUGGAAAAUCGCAGCUGGCCCGUUUGGUAGCCAAGCAAUUCUACGACGAAGUCAAAGAAAAUCCUUUUAAGACUUCAUUUGUUAUGACCCUGAAUGCUGAAAAUUCAGAAACGCUUUUGGAAUCCUAUGUCGUUUUCGCUCGACACUGUAAAUGUCCGGAGUAUGCAGUUACAAACACUCUCAACUCCAAAAACCUAUGUGUAGACGAAAAGAUUACAAGUCUUAAGACGCUGGUAGGCGCGAGAAUUUCUUACUAUACGUCAUGGCUGCUGGUAGUCGAUAACGUCAGUAAUGUGUCUCAAAUACAUGGACACUUACCAGAUGCAGGAGACGAACAGUGGGUAAGAGGCCAGUUGCUGAUAACAACACAAGACGCUUUUUCUAUCCCUUUGACAAAUUCUGCAAUCCAACAUGUCUCAGUCAGCAAAGGAAUGCAUCGAGACGAUGCCCGCUCGUUGUUAACACUCCUGUCAGGGGUGAAUGACCGUGAAAUGGAAGAUGAAGUUGCACAGGCAUUAGACUAUCAACCUCUUGCCUUAGCGAGUGCCUCCAUUUAUGUGCGAGAAGUUCGGCAGAGUAAAGUAUCUGUCAACUUUGGCUGGGGCGACUAUCUGGAGAAACUUUUAGGCGGUCAACGAAAUACGACAGAGACUAUUCUUACUGAGACAAAUCCAAGCUACAAGAAGUCCAUGACAACAGCAAUAACACUUGCAGUGAAAGAAGCAAUGACGACCGACGGAGUCGUUAAUCACCUGUUCACUUUUCUUGCUCUUUGUUCACCUCAGCCAAUACCUCAUGACGUCGUUGUCAAUUACAUCAUGGAAAUGGAUGAAGAAUUUAUUGAUAAAGAGUGGAUCGCAUCGAGGAUAAAUCGAUGUUCCUUGUUAUUAUCUGAAGAAGAAGGAGACAGAGUCUAUAUCCGAGUGCAUGGAGUUGUUCGAUUUGUACUUGAUUUUUUAAAAACAAAUUAUGCAAAGGAUUUGUACAUGAAAGCCGUUGUUGGGGCUGUUGCAUCAUUUGCCAAGGUCGAUGACUUUGAUACCUUUAUCAUCGGCUCUAAAGUUGUUCCCCACCUAAGAAAAUUGAUCCUGGAGGAUAAAUAUCUAUUUCCUAUACAAGAAUUAUCUCAAGUCAGCAAAAUGGGUGUUAUUCUCCUACAAGAUUAUCUUAAUGGCCUUCCGAUCCUCGGAAAAAUGUGUCUCAAUCAUUGUGAAUACAAAGCUGCAAUGAACUACUUCGAAGUAGCCUUGGAAAUCAACCACUCAUGUAGCGCAAACGACGCUCUAGAAAAAGCAAAACUGUACCUCUGUGUGGGAACCGCACACAACUGUAUGGGUAACUUAGAACAAGCGAAGAAGUUCAAUGAAUGUGCACUGAACAUUUUUAUGAAACAGCUCGGACCUGAGCAUGUACAUGUCGCAACUUCUUACAAUAACCUGGGCAUUGUAUAUACAAAUCAAGGUGAUUUCCACCAAGCAAAGGACAGCCAUGCACGUGCACUGGUCAUUCGUCUGAAACAGCUCGGACCUGAGCAUGUAGAUGUAGCAAGUUCUUACAAUAACCUGGGUAAUUUGUACAGAAAUCUAGGUGAUUUCCAGCAAGCAAAGGACAACUAUGCACAUGCACUGGACAUUAAUGUGAAACAGCUCGGACCUGAGCAUGUAAAUGUGGCAACUUCUUAUGAUAACCUGGGUACUGUAUACAGAAAUCUAGGUGAUUUCCAGCAAGCAAAGGACAGCCAUGCACGUGCACUGGAUAUUCGUCUGAAACAGCUCGGACCUGAGCAUGUAGAUGUCGCAGCUUCUUACGAUAACCUGGGAACUGUAUACAGAAGUCUAGGUGAUUUCCAGCAAGCAAAGGACAGCCAUGCACGUGCACUGGACAUUUCUGUGAAACGGCUCGGACCUGAGCAUGUUGAUGUCGCAAUUUCUUACAAUAACCUAGGUAAAGUAUACAGUGUUCUAGGUGAUUUCCAGCAAGCAAAGGACAGCCAUGCUCGUGCACUGGACAUUCGUCUGAAACAGCUCGGACCUGAGCAUGUAGAUGUCGCAACUUCUUACGAUAACCUGGGUAUUGUGUACAAAAAUCUAGGUGAUUUCCAGCAAGCAAAGGACAACUAUGCACGUGCACUGUACGUUCGUCUAAAACAGCUCGGACCUGAGCAUAUAGAUGUCGCAAGUUCUUACGAUAACCUGGGUGAUGUGUACAUAAAUCUAGGUGAUUUUCAGCAAGCAAAGGACAGCCAUGCACGUGCACUGAACAUUCGUCUGAAACAGCUCGGACCUGAGCAUGUAGACGUUGCAACUUCUUACAAUAACCUGGGUAUUAUGUACACAAAUCUAGGUGAUUUCCACCAAGCAAAGGACAGCCAUGCACGUGCACUGGACAUUCGUCUGAAACAGCUCGGACCUGAGCAUGUAGAUGUCGCAAGUUCUUACAAUAACCUGGGUAUUAUGUACACAAAUCUAGGUGAUUUCCAGCAAGCAAAGGACAACUGUGCACGUGCACUGGACAUUUAUGUGAAACAGCUCGGAUCUGAGCAUGUACUUGUGGCAACUUGUUAUGAUAACCUGGGUACUGUGUACAGAAAUCUAGGUGAUUUCCAGCAAGCAAAGGACAGCCAUGCACGUGCACUGGACAUUCGUCUGAAACAGCUCGGACCUGACCAUGUACAUGUCGCAACUUCUUACAGUAACCUGGGUAUUUUGUACAUAAAUCUAGGUGAUUUCCAGCAAGCAAAGGACAGCCAUGCACGUGCACUGGACAUUUACGGGAAACAGCUCAGACCUGAGCAUGUAGAUGUCGCAACUUCUUACAAUAACCUGGGUAUUGUGUACACACAUCUAGGUGAUUUCCAGCAAGCAAAGGACAGCUAUGCACGUGCACUGGACAUUCGUCUGAAACAGCUCGGACCUGACCAUGUACAUGUCGCAAGUUCUUAUAAUAACCUGGGUAUUGUGUACAGAAAUCUAGGUGAUUUCCAGCAAGCAAAGGACAACCAUGCACGUGCACUAGACAUUCGUCUGAAACAGCUCGGACCUGAGCAUGUACAUGUCGCAACUUCGUACGAUAACCUGGGCACUGUAUAUACAAAUCAAGGUGAUUUCCACCAAGCAAAGGACAGUCAUACACGUGCACUGGAUAUUCGUCUGAAACAGCUCGGGCCUGAUCAUGUAGAUGUUGCAACUUCUUACGAUAACCUAGGUACUGUAUACAGAAGUAUAGGUGAUUUCAAGCAAGCAAAGGACAACUAUGCACGUGCACUGGACAUUUAUGUGAAACAGCUCGGACCUAAGCAUGUACAUGUCGCAACUUCUUACGAGAACCUGGGUACUGUAUACAAAAAUCUAGGUGAUUUCCAGCAAGCAAAGGACAGCCAUUCACGUGCACUGGACAUUCGUCUGAAACGAGUGUGAAUUAAUGUGAAAAAACGAAUUUAUGUGAGACCGCUCGGACCUGAGUACGUACAUGUGGCAACUUUAUACAAUAACCUGGGUAUGACAUAUAUAAAUCUAGGUGAUUUCCAGCAAGCAAAGGACAACUGUGCACGUGCACUGGACGUUUCUGUGAAACAGCUCGGACUUGAGCGUGUAGAUGUGGUAACCUCUUACGAUAACCUGGGUACUGUAUACAGAAAUCUGGGUGAUUUCCAGCAAGCAAAGGACAGCCAUGCUCGUGCACUGGACAUUCGUCUGAAACAGCUCGGACCUGAACAUGUACAUGUCGCAACAUCUUACAAUAACCUGGGUAUUGUGUACACAAAUCUGGGUAAUUUCCAGCAAGCAAAGGACAACUAUGCAUGUGCACUGGACAUUUAUGUGAAACACCUCGGACCUGAGCGUGUAGAAGUCCCAAGUUCUUAUAAUAACCUGGGUAUUGUGUACAGAAAUCUAGGUGAUUUCCGGCAAUCAAAGGACAACUAUGCACGUGCACUGGACAUUUAUGUGAAACAGCUCGGACCUGAGCAUGUACACGUCGCAACUUUUUAUGAUAACCUGGGUACUGUAUACAGAAGUCUAAGUUAUUUGCAGCAAGCAAUGGAAAGCCAUGCUCGUGCACUGGACAUCGUCUGAAACAACUCGGAACUGAAUAUGUACAUGUCGCGACCUCUUAGAAUAACCUGGGUAUUGUAUACAAAGACCUAGGUGAUUUCCAGCAAGCACAGGACAACUAUGCACGUGCACUGGACAUUUAUGUGAGACAGCUCGGACCUGAGCACGUAUAGGUUGCAACAUCAUACAAUGCAAAGGACAACUAUGCACGUGCACUGGACAUUUAUGUGAAACAGCUCAGACCUAAGCAUGUACAUGUCGCAACUUCUUACGAGAACCUGGGUACUGUAUACAAAAAUCUAGGUGAUUUCCAGCAUGCAAAGGACAGCCAUGCAAGUGCACUGGACAUUCGUCUGAAACAGCUCGGACCUGACCAUGUAGAUGCCGCAACUUCUUAUAAUAACCUAAUUAUAACAGAGAUAUUAGAAGGAAAAAGCGUUCGGGACUCAAAUAUCAAUAUUCCUGUUCUUUCUAAGAACGUAGAAGGCCUCGAGGGCCUAGUGAAGAAGCAGCACCGAAAAAAAAACGGUAAAUUGGAGUUUAGCCUGCGACUACUCCAACAUAAUUGAAUGCGUUUAUUUUACGAAGUUCGACAGACAAACAUUAUAAUUUAUGAAUAUUCAUGCGGUCGUUCCCGCGCAAAGAAAAUUAAUUCCGCUUUGAAAAUAGCUGCCGUUCGAGGAGAAGUCGACGAUCUCCCCGCGAGGUGCAUCUCUCUGCUGCAAGAAUUUAAAGAUCUUAUUGAGGCAUAUAACAGCGGUCAUGAAAAUGCGGACGAAACAGCUGCUUUCACGUUAAGCGAAAGACAGGCUCGGCCGUCGUGUAGUGCAACAAAAUCAGGGAAAUGCCACCCAUAGGAGAGUGAUGCAGAAUUUUCGAUCACUCUUCGCUCCUUAUUCAGCCGCCUGUUCCUCUUCUGCCUCUACAAGACCUUAAGCGGCUAAAAAAACCCCGGAUCUUUCAAGUCAAAGAGACCUGAACUCGCAACUUUUUCUGCCUUGGGUCCACACAAGCUACUUCUGUCCCUUCACGCGCGCAAAAAAAUUGCGUUGCAGAGUGCUCAGGGCUUGGACGCCGGAAAGUGGUUUUUUCGUUUAAGGGAACAGCACUUGAUGUAAAAACCAGACUUGAAAGCGUGUACCCAAAAUUGACAGCCAGUGGUGGGUUUGAAUUGCUGAGAAGUGGGUCACCUAGCUCGAAGCUUUCUCAAAUCACCUCUCCGCCUGGAGGAUACUUAAAGUAGCAUUCCUGCGCGACGCUGCCGGACUUGGCCGAGGACUGACCUACAUCAGGCCACUCCAAAAGGAUUUAGACAUAUUAGAGAAUCCAAGCAUUGAACAGGUCAAAGGUGAAAAUGUGUUUAGUGUCAAGGGUCUAGAGUGUGGAGAAGAUGUGGCUUUGGCCACCUUUAGGCAGCACCAGGCCCAAGGCAUUAUCAGAACGCAGGAGCCUGAAACACUGGCAGCAACUGAAAAGUCUCUGGGACUGGUGGAGGGUACCUCUUCUGAUGGUGGGAAACUAAAUAAGGAAUGUGAUAUGCUGAACACAAUUUCAGAUGUUCCUUGAAUACUUAGAAGGCCAAAGCUGCACAUUUAACAUUAAACACUCAAGUUAAGGAAUAAAUCACAGUGCUGAAGUAAAGACUAGAGAUCCAUAUCAGAAUCCAGCUCCUUCUUAGUCCUUGUUGGCAAGAUGAUUGUGCAUUCUUUUAUAAAUUAAUGCAAAGCGUGGAAGGUAUCUUACCAGCUGUCAUCACCUUCAUAAUAAGUGGUAGCCAAGACACUGCCUUGGAACAUCUGGUUCUCAAAGAUAUCCCAGGUCCCUGUCUGCUUCAAAUUCUUGGAGAGCUUAUGGAUUGCAAUGACCAGGAGCUGGGUAGACUUACUUUGGAUGGGGACUUCAAUAUUGUGGACACACUUGUGGCAGCAGGAUUUCCUCAUAUUGAAGUACUUCCCUCCAACAGGUCAUUGGCCUGUGAAUGUGUCCUGACAUAUGAAGUUGUCACUUAGUCUAUCCCUGUAUUGGAUGACCUCAGGAAGGGGUUAGAUUCAGAACGUGUAAUGGCCUCAACUGGGAUUGACCCUGUCCAGCAACAUCCACAAUUACAGCAAUUAAUCUUCCCAGCUGCUGUAAGUAGGAUUGAAGUGUCAGAGCAACUGAUCAAGUAUAAUCAAACAGAUGACAGCACAGCAAAAGCUGCAGAGUACUUUGAUAAGUACUUAGAUGAGCUGAAUACCAGAGGUACAGAAAUCUUGAAUGAAUGUAUUUUGAGGUUCAUGCUAAUUGGUCAUACACAUCCUUGUUGCACAUGGAAAUUCAUGAUGCAAUUAAUGUCAGGGGCA